AACAUCUCCAACAACACAAGACAGAACUUCACACCGCUACGGCUCAAAAUGGCCACCAUCCUCACCUCCAGUGAGUCUUACGUUAAUGCUGAGGUUGGCGAGUAUCAGGAGUUACCCAUACCCGAACCCAAGGAGGCUGCGACAGAGAUGACCACCACUCCCAAAUUCGGAUACUUUCGUGUGGUUCUCCUGGGCGUCGGCCUGCUGUGUAUUCUUCAAGGAAGCCUCAACAUCGCUCUGAGACUCGCUCUCAGUAAGCCUUCUGUUAAAGUUGAGACAGAGGGACGCAGCUGUCCUCGGGGCUGGCUGAUGUUCGCCUCCAGCUGUUACUACAUCUCCUCUCAGCGAAGCCGGAAAAACUGGGACGAAAGCCGGGAGGACUGCCUGCAGAGAAACGCCGACCUGGUGGUCAUCAACAGCAGACAGGAACAGGCCUUCCUCACUGGAUUCACAGAGGCAGCAUGGGUCGGGAUGACUGACAGGGAGCAGGAGGGGACUUGGCUGUGGGUCGAUGGAACAGAAGUGGACAAAGACAGGUUGCAGUGGGCGAGUGGUCAGCCUGAUGGAGCGUUCGGAGGAGAAGACUGUGGCGACCUUCACACAAUGAUCACUUUCAUCGGCUUGAACGACUUCAACUGCAGCGCCAGAUCCCAGUGGAUCUGUGAGAAAAGGUUACAGUAGUUUGCACUGAGUCAUGGUGUGUAACACACAGUCAGUACUAAGAUGUAACUGUAUCAUUGCAUGUCAUAACAUCUGACGUCUCUUGGUGAGACACUGUGUGGAUGUAGUUCAUAUUUAAAGCUUUGAAGUGUGAGAAUAAUCAAAACAAGUACCUGUAAGAACAUGUAACAGAGGAUGAAAGGUUUGAUGGCACAAUACCUCCCCUACACACGGGGAGCAGUGACAGAUUGGAAAAAGCGUCAGUGUUGAAGUGCUACACAACAUCUCGAACAAAAUAAGACAGAACUUCACACCGCUGAGGAUCAAAAUGGCCGUCAUCGGUACCUCCAGUGAGUCUUACAUUAAUGCUGCGGUUGGCGAGUAUCAGAAGUUUCCCAUACCCUGUAAUAAGAAGUUUACUGUGCCGAUGUGUUAAAAUAUAACUGUGACAUUUGCUAAAGAACACUGGUCUAAUUGUACAUAGUUCACACAUUUCCUGUUAAGCAGAUGCCUCUGCGCAAACUUCUGCAUUUCUUUGAGUUAAGAUGCAGACUCAGUCUCAACUUGGUUUACCACAAAUCUGCUCUACAACAGUUGUUCCAUAUCCAUCCUUCCCCUUUGAAUGCAAUGUAUGAAAGUGUGUUCCCUCUUUGCCCCCUUUGAGCUUCUCUGCAGACUGCAUGACACUCUGUACUGCUGCUCCUUCUUGCAAGAAUAAAAGAACAACGAAAGCCAU